UUGCUCUUGUAUCAUCUGAAAAUGCUUCUCAUACUUCAGCUCAGGGUUUUCUUUGCAUUCCCAUAUCGUGGCAAUUUCACUUGAGCCCCAAGAAGACUGACUGGGAUAAUAAUGAGUGUGCUAGAUUUAUUUGUCAUCUCUGGCUAGGGUUUUAAAAAUGAAAGCCACAAUUUAUACAAAUUUGAGAGCUUGUCCCAUUGUUGUGAAAGGUGAAAAAUCCCAUGUGAAGUACAGAUAUGUCUUUGUAUUUCUCAGAGUCAAGUCUGAUUGAGCAACCAGUGAAAUGAACAUUCCUUACUUCUUCUGUGCCAGGACAGCCUUGCUCAGUUAUUCUGUGAGGUUUCUCCAGAGGUGGGCUGGUUCACUUAUUAUUGGCAGGUGUCUUUUUGUUUGAUCCAGUCUUGCAUUUAGUGAAAUUUAGAUUUGAUACACUGGGGAUUUGUCUAAACAACAUGGCAAGUUUUCAGUGGUUUCUGUUCAUGGAUCUACUACUGCUUGCUUUUCCUUCCUGGUGGACUGUAACACUCUGUUGUGUAUUGCUACACUAAGUUUGAUAAAUGCUGUGUCUAUGUGAGUUAAAUAAGAUGUGAAUCUCAGACUUGGCUUUUUGCAGUUCUUUUGAAAGUUUUAGGAUUUGUGCAAACCUGAAUUACUUCUAACUGGUGACGUGAAGAUGUUAAGAACCAAGUGACAGAUAAAAAAAAAUAAGCAGAAGUGUUUAUUUCAAUAAGAAUGAGCAUGAGGGGGGCGUCAAAGUGGUAGUAGACAGAGGUGUAGGAGGGAUGUUAGCUUCCCUCCAGAUGUGUGCUCUGUUAGCACUUGCAACAUAAGGCACCAGAGUCAAUGCAAGUUCAGUAUUUGUAACAGAUAUCUGAGGCUAUGGUAGUUACAGGCAAACUUACAAUACAGUCUGCAAGAAAAUUAAUGCACUGUUGCAUUAACAUCUUGUAGGUGGUGACAGUGGAUUGGAUGGGUUAGGAGGACCAGGAGUUCAGCUUGGAAGCCCUGAUAAGAAAAAGCGCAAAGCAAAUACACAGGGGUCAUCAUUUCCUCCUCCAUCUGAAUAUGCUCCACCACCGAACCCAAGUUCUGACCACCUUGUAGCUGCAAAUCCAUUUGAUGACAACUAUAAUACUGUGUCUUAUAAACCACUUCCUUCAGGAAAUCCAUAUUUUAGUAAUCCUGGUUAUCCUGGCUUUGGAGGCUAUAACACUUUCAGAAUGCCACCUCACAUGCUGCCCAGAGUGUCUUCACCAUAUGGUGGUUCUUACUCCCUCAGAAAUCAGCCACAUCCUCUUCCCCAAAACCCUGUUGGCAUGGGUUUUAGUCGACCCCACUCUUUCAGCUUUGGUCCACAUGAUAAUCCAGGUUUUGGGAAUCAACCACCAUAUAGCAGUGGUCAGAUAAAUCAAAAUGUCAAUAUGCCUGCUCAACAUUUCAGGCCAAAUCCUGGGGAGAACUUUGGCCAUUCAGGUCAGAUACCUCACCCUGAUGUGCCAGCUAACUUUGGUCCUGGAAACAAUCCAAAUUUUCCAAAUUCUCAGCUAGAGUCAAACCAUUCUUUUGUUCCUCCACCAAACACGUACAACCAGACGAAAUCAUCAGCACAAAAGCAAGACUUUAGUCAAGGUGCAAGCAAAGCAUCCAGCCAGAACACUGCUGCUCAUCAGCAUCAUCAUAGGACAGAGGACGUUGUGAGUCAAGGUAACAGUGAACUGAAAAAUAUUACUCGAAACAAUGUGGUAAAUCAGGAUAACAGCCAUUCUAACAGUGCUGAUAACACCAAUGCUGGCCACUCAAAUGGGACUCAGAGCAAGUCCCGCCAGCCUCGAGGUACUGCUGAAGGAUGCAACUCUGAAAAGAGCAGCAAAACACCCCUCCAUCCCAGCCGGCACGGACACUCGUCCUCUGAACCCGUCUACCCAUGUGGAAUUUGUACACAUGAAGUCAAUGAUGACCAGGAUGCCAUCCUGUGUGAAGCCUCUUGUCAAAAAUGGUUCCAUCGGAUCUGUACAGGCAUGACAGAGUCAGCCUAUGGCCUUCUCACGGCAGAGGCAUCGGCAGUGUGGGGCUGUGACACUUGCAUGGCAGACAAGGAUGUGCAGUUAAUGCGCACGAGAGAGACUGCAGGACCACCUGCACUGAACACAGAGGGCUGACAGCCUGAAUGGGUGCUAGUGGAGCAAAUACUUGCUAUGAAAAUUCGGUUACAAAUUGGGUACUUCACUUUCUGCAGACAAUCAGUUGUGUUUGAUUGCUGUCAUCUUUUUUUCCCCUAAUCUGUUUUCAUUCAUAAACUUCCAUCUCAGCUUUUGUACUCUUAGUUUUAUGUGUGCAAAUGUUUUACAAGAUGGAAUAUUUUUUGUUUCUGAUUAAACUGUAACUGACAAUUGAUCGGAAGUAGGAUGGCAUUGACAAUAUUAUUGAAGGAAAAAAUGUGCCUGUGUGAAUAGCCCUAAUUUGCUAGUGUGUAUUAAAGUGUUAACUAACGCUAGCAUUUAGUGCUUGGUUUUAAUGGUACUAUAUUUGCAAGUACUCAUUACUUUGUUUUUUUCUUUUGGCGUGAAUGUCUGUUAUUGAUGUUCUUGAUAGCCUUUCUUUGAAUAUAGUAGAGAUGACAUGGAGGAAUGUGCAGUACUAAUAGUUGUUAUUUUAGGGUAAAUACAGAGAAUUUUGUAUAUGCUUUUUCCUAUUUUUGAAGCAAAGCAUUAAUGUGCUAUUCGAAAAUCAUGAAUUCAUGCUUAGUAACAUAAUGAAAGCCACUAACUAUUACAUAUUUCUGUUUCCUUGAAAAGGCAAUAAUCUCUUGACUUCUCAGCAAUUACUUGCUGAAGGCUCUUUAUAGGUCUUGCAUUAUUUGGAAAUUGUUGUGAAAUGGGAUUAAAUUGGAAAAAGAACA